AGUGGUGGGAGAGAGUGGGGAGGGAGAAAACGGGUUGGCGCGUGCGAUCCAUAGUUGUGGUGAUAUAGCGCCUGGAUAUCUGAAAGAAUUAGUUUGGGAGAAGGUCGUUGUGGAUCCUGCUGACACUGAUUGCUUCCCCAUGAGUGUUGUGGUGUGAUUGCCGCAGACCCCAUGCCGCCGAGAUCGAGAAGAAGCAGAACGAGAGCGAGCACAAAAAGCUGCUGGGCUCCGUCAUUCAGUAUGGCAGCUGUAUACAGCUACUCCACCUCAAGUCCAACAAGUACCUCACGGUCAACAAGCGGCUGCCGGCGCUGUUGGAGAAGAACGCCACACGCGUCUACCUGGACGCGGCCGGCAACGAGGGCUCGUGGUUCUACAUCGCGCCCUUCUACAAGCUGCGCACGGCCGGCGACAGUGUGGUGGUCGGUGACAAAGUGAUCCUGACGCCGAUGGGCGCCGGCCAGACCAGCCAGGUGCUGCACGCCGCCGCCAACCAUGAGCUCACCGACAACCCCGGCUGCAAGGAGGUGAACGUGCUGAACGCGAGCACGUGUUGGAAGAUCUCGCUGUUCAUGGAGCACAAGGAGAACCUGGACACGGUGCUGAAGGGCGGCGACGUGGUGCGUCUGUUCCAUGCCGAGCAGGAGAAGUUCCUGACGGUGGACGAGCACCACGGCCGCAAGGUGGUGUUCCUUCGCACCACCGGCCGCGCCACCACCACCUCGGCCACCAGCAGCAAGGCGCUCUGGGAGGUGGAGGUGUACAACGUGGACCGGUGUCGCGGCGGCGCUGGCCACUGGAACUCGCUGUUCCGGUACAAGCACCUGGCCACCGGCCAGUACCUGGCGGCAGAGGUCGAUGUCGACGACACCCCGGACACCAACCGGGACAAGCUGAGUGGAGGUGGGUGGCGCACGACCUGUCCCCUUCACCCAGAGGUCGAUGUCGACGACAUCCCGGACACCAACCGGGACAAGCUGAGUGGAGGUGGCCCCGUGUACCAGCUGGUGCCCGUGCAGAACCCGAACGACCUGCAGACGAUCUUCGAGCUCGAUCCGACCACGUACACCGGCCCGGAGUCGAUGGUGCCCCGCUCCUCCUACGUGCGCUUGCAGCACUUCACCACCAAGGCCUGGGUCCACUCCACCUGCAUCCCCAUCGAUAAGGAGAACGAGCGGCCCGUCAUGUCCAAGGUGGGCCUGGCAGCCAUCAAGGAAGACAAGGAGGCGUUUGCGCUGGUGCCCGUCUCGGCGCAGGAGGUGCGAGACCUGGACUUCGCCAACGACGCCUGCAAGGUGCUGCAGAGCUUCAGCGAGAAGCUCGAAUCGGGCUGCAUCACCAACAACGAGCGGAAGAUGGUGAUCCAGCUGCUGCAGGACAUCAUCUACUUCAUCGCCAUGCGGGAGACGGAGCAGAACCGGACGGACGCGCUCGACCUGAUGAUCCGACACCCGAACCGCGACCGCCAGAAGCUGCUGCGCGAACAGUCCAUCAUCGACUAUAUCUUCAAGAUACUCCGGGUGCCGUCGUUCGGCGAGCAGCAGGGCGGCGACGCUGCCUUCAUCCGGCUGGACGAGCUCAGCGACCCGCGCCACGCGCCCUACAAGUACAUCUUCCGGCUAUGCUACCGCAUCUUGCGACUCAGCCAGCAGGACUACCGCAAGAACCAGGAACACAUCGCCAAACACUUUGGCUUCAUGCAGAAGCAGAUCGGCUGCGACAUCCUGGCCGAGGACACCAUCACGGCGUUGCUGCACAACAACAGGAAACUGCUCGAGAAGCACAUCACGGCCAACGAGAUCGAGACGUUCGUCGGCCUGGUGCGAAAGAACAUGAACAAGUGGGAGCCGCGCUACCUGGACUACCUCUCCCACCUGUGCAUCUCCAACAAGGUGGCCAUCGCCGCCACGCAGGAGCUCAUCUGCAAGUCGGUGCUCAGUCCGAAGAACUCGGACAUACUCAUCCAGACCAGGCUUCAGCGGCACCCCAUCGAGGUGGAAGUGGUGGUGGAGAAGGCGGCGACAGGCUCGGAGCCGGUGCUCACCGUCGAGGAGGUGGAGGACGUGGAGCUGGAGUGGGGUCACGGUCAGUGCUGCCGAUCGAUCUCCGAGCUGGCGGCCGGCGCCCGCUCGGGCACCAGCGAGGACCGGCACAUACUGGAUUACUACCGCCACCAGCUGGACCUCUUCUCCAACAUGUGCCUGGACCGACAGUAUCUGGCCAUCAACAGCCUGUCGCCGCACCUCGGCAUCGACCUCAUACUCCGGUGCAUGUCGGACGAGACGCUGCCGUUCGAGCUGCGCGCGUCGUUCACGCGGCUCAUGCUGCACAUGCACGCCGACCGUGACCCGCAGGAGCAGGUGACGACGGUCAAGUACGCGCGGCUCUGGUCCGAGAUCCAGACCACCAUGUCCAUCAGCGACUACGACGACAGCCGGACGCCGUCGGACAGCCGCGAGGAGGUGUGCACGCGCUUCGGAGCUACCAUGGAGUUCGUGGAGGACUACCUCUGCAACGUGGUCAACCGCAUGUGGAGCUUCUCCGACCCCGAGCAGAACAAGCUCACCUUCGAGGUGGUGAAGCUGGCCAGGAAGCUCAUCUACUUCGGCUUCUAUAGCUUCAGUGACCUGCUGCGGCUGACCAAGACGCUGCUGAGCAUCCUGGACUGCACGACCGAGAGCUUCAGCAGCAGUGACUCGCCCGGGGUGGCCGAAAUCAACGACGAGGAGGAUUUCGAUUUCGAAAUGUUCGAAACGGAGGACGGCAAGAGCGGCGUGCUCAAGUCGCUGACGGACAUGGGCCAGGUGAUGACGCAGCUGACGCUUGGCGGCACGGCCGCCCGCAGCGGCAGCCUCCGCAAGGCCACCAGCAAGCGCGAGGACACGCUCGUCAUGGACAUCAAGCUCAAGAUCAUCGAGAUCCUGCAGUUCAUCAUGGACGUGCGACUCGACUACCGCAUCAGCUGUCUCCUCUCCAUCUACAAGAAGGAGUGGGACAGCGUGUUCGAGGGCGCUCGGCCGGUGCGGGGGCCGCGCGUCGACGAACGCAUCGCCGUCCAGGCCGAAGACAUCUUCGGCGGCGGCGAGGAGAGCGGCAGCGAGCUGGACCUGGACGGCAGGAGCGGCCGAGUCUUCCUGCGGGUUCUCCUGCACCUGACCAUGCACGAGUACCCGCCGCUGGUCUCCGGUGCGCUUCACCUGCUCUUCAGGCACUUUUCUCAGCGCCUGGAGGUGCUCAAGUCGUACACACAGUUGGUUAACGUUGGCGACGAGGUGCUCAUCUUCUACAACGACAAGGCGUCGCGCGCGCUGCUGCUGGAGCUGAUGCGUUCGGAGCGCGAGCGCAUGGACGAGGCUUCGCCGCUGCGCUAUCACAUGGAGCUGGUCAACCUGCUCUCCAACUGCACGGAGGGCAAGAACGCCAGCACCGAGAUCCAGUGUCACAGCCUGCUGCCGCUCGACGACAUCGUGGCCGUGGUGCAGAACCGCGACUGCAUCCCCGAGGUGAAGGAGGCGUACAUCAACUUCCUGAACCACUGCUACAUCGACACGGAGGUGGAGAUGAAGGAGAUCUACACGUCACACCACAUCUGGACGCUGUUCGAGAAAUCGUUUCUGGUGGAUGUCGCUAUCGUGGCCAACUCCCCCCACGACAAGAAGCACGCAGACUCGGUGAUGGUGACCUACGUGACGUCCUGUGUGAUGAACAUCAUCUCCACGUUCUUCAAGAGCCCUUUCUCAGACCAGAGCACAACUGUACAAGGCUACCUAGCGGAGGCGGGCUCCUUCUGGCUGCUGGCUGGCGACGGUCCGCUCCCACCCGGUAGCCGGCAGCCGGUGUUCGUGCGCCUGCUGCAGGCCGUGUACCGGCUGUCCCAGGUGGGCUGGCUCAUGCCGCAGCAGCGACACUGGGUCGACAGCUGCGUCCAGACGCUGGCGGAAGUCGCCAAGAGUCGGGGCAUCGCCAUCCCCAGCGACCUGGAGGUGCAGGUCCAGGCCAUGUUCUCCCGGGUGGCCAUGGUAAAUCGUCAGUCCAACAAGUGGCUUCAGAUGAUAAGAGGACCCAAGCGGGAGUCGUCCUCCCAUCAGCUGAACGCGCGCGUGGAUCACAGGAUCCUGGAGGGCUUUCACGAUAUAGUGGCCACGCUGGAGGACCACCUGAAGCCGCUGGUGGAGGCGGAGCUGUCGGUGCUGGUGGACAUCCUGUACCGGCCGGAGCUACUCUUCCCGCCCAACACCGAGGCGCGGCUCAAGUGCGAGGACGGCGGCUUCAUAUCCAGGCUGAUACGGCAUACAGAGAAGCUGCUGGGCAGCAUGGAAGAGGGGCUGUGUAUCCGGGUGCUGCAGACCCUGCGCUCGAUGAUGUCCAAGGACGCCAACUACGGGGAGAAGGGAGACAAGCUGCGCCUGUCGCUGCUCGAGCGCUACUUCGGCAACCUGCGCACCAAGGCGUCCGGCUCGGCGGCGGCCGGCCAGGGCGCUGGCGCUCUGCAGCGCGCCCCGUCCGGAGGCACGCUGCUGCCGCGCGCCGGCAUGACCAUGUCGGAGGUGCAGUGUCACCUGGACCGGGAGGGCGCCAGCACGCUGGUCAUGGAGCUGGUCACCCGCUCGGCCGCCAGCCACGAGAUCUUCACCGAGGCCGUCCAGCUGGGAAUUGCCCUGCUCGAGGGAGGCAACCCCGACAUCCAGCGCAGCAUGUACAGCACGCUUAUGCUCAAGGAGAGCACGCGCCAGGCGUUCUUCAAGGUGUUUUCGGAGAAGAUGCGCGACGCCCAGAUCGAGAUCAAGAACACGGUGACGGUGAACACGGCCGACAUCACGGCCAAGUCGGCCGAGGCCCAGCAGGGCAAGGAGCAGGAGAAGCAGCCCAAGCUGCGCCGGCCGACGCCGCGCGCCAACGGCCUCACCGUCACCGACGAGCUGCGCGCCGAGCUCAACGACGCGGCGCGCAGCACCCAGCAGGCCUAUCACAACGUGCGCAGCACCAUCGAAGGUGACGAGGGUGAGGCCGGCCUGGCGCCCUCCUCGGACGCGCUGGUGGACAUGCUGGCCGAACGGGCCGACCGCGUCAAGGAGAAGCACGACGAUAACGCGCUCUCGACCAAGGUCAUGGUCAUGGACCCGAUCCUGCGCUUCCUGCAGCUGCUCUGCGAGAACCACAACGCCCUGCUGCAGAACUUCCUGCGCGACCUGCACAACAAGGGCAAGUGCAGCCUGGUCUCGGAGACGCUCAUGUUUCUGGACUGCAUCUGCGGCUCGACCACCGGCGGCCUGGGCCUACUCGGGCUCUACAUCAACGAGUUCAAUGUCCACCUCAUCGUGCAGACGCUUAAGACGCUCACCGAGUACUGUCAGGGGCCGUGCCAUGAGAACCAGAACUGCAUCGCCACCCACGAGUCGAACGGCCUGGACAUAAUCAUCGCACUCAUCCUGAACGACAUCAACCCGCUGGGAAAGACGCGGAUGGACCUGGUGUUGGACCUCAAGAACAACGCUUCCAAGCUGCUGCUGGCCAUCAUGGAGUCGCGCGCCGACAGUGAGAACGCCGAACGCAUCCUCAGCAACAUGAACCCCAAACAGCUGCUGGAGGUGGCGUGCCGCGCCUAUUACCAGGACGGCCUGGUGGACGACACGGACGACGACCCGGCCGACGGCGACGACGGCGUGUCGCCGCGCGAGGUGGGGCACAACAUCUACAUCCUGUGUCACCAGCUGUCGCACCACAACCGGGAGCUGCAGGCGCUGCUCCGCCAGACGGACAACCUGGACGUCAAGAUGGCGCGCGCGCUCGAGUACUACCGCACGCACACGGCGCAGAUCGAGAUCGUGCGGCUGGACCGGACAAUGGAGCAGAUUGUGUUCCCGAUCCCGGAGAUCUGCGAGUACCUGACGCAGGAGACGCAGGCGCGCGUUCACACGACCGUCGAGCGCGACGAGCAGGGCUCCAAGGUGCAGGGCUUCUUCGAUCAGUGCGACUACCUCUUCGACGAGAUGAAGUGGCAAAAGAAGCUGAGAGGCCAGGCGCUGCUCUUCCGCAUCAGCAACUACAUGAGCCUCUGGUCGCACGUACUCUUCUUCCUGGCCGUCAUCAUCAACAUGCUGGUGGCCGUCAGCUACCCCUUCACGGACGACUGGCCAAACGUGGGCAACUGGAUGCCGUUCACAUGGGCUGCGACGUUUGUGGCGGCGGCAGGCGCCUUCUGGUUCCCCGGCGCCGUGUCGUUCAUGCUGCUAUUCCUCUGCGUGCUCGGUAUCUUUAUCUUCACCGCCGGUCUCGAGUCGGUCAUCUUCAUUGUAGGACUGAUAAACCUGGUGUUCAAAGGCAUUCACGUGGCCAGCAUCAUGGGCAACAAGGGCUCGUUCGAGAAGACGUUCCGCCAGCGCGUCUCCGACUACGAGCUGCUCUACCACUUCGCCUACUUCGUGGUGUGCGUGUUCGGCCUGUCGCACUGCUUCUUCUACUCCGUGCUGCUGUUCGACGUGGUGUACCGCGAGGAGACGCUGCUCAACGUCAUGAAGUCGGUCACCAAGAACGGCCGCUCCAUCCUGCUGACGGCCGUGCUGGCGCUCAUCCUGGUCUACCUCUUCUCCAUCAUCGGCUUCAUGUUCUUCCAGGACGACUUCGUCGUGCCCGUCAACCUCGGUCAGCGGACAGACGUGGCCGAAGACGUGCUGGAGGCGGCGGCCGGCAGCGGCGCGGGCUGGUGCGACGCCGAGGAGGCGUGCUCGGCCGAGACGUCCGCCCACAAAUACACCCACUCGGCGGCACCGCCGGACGUGCCGGCCGACGAGGAGCAGCGCGAGCGCGCCUGUGACACGCUCAUGAUGUGCAUCGUCACCACGCUGAACCAAGGCCUGCGCAAUGGCGGCGGCAUCGGGGACGUGCUGCGCGCGCCCAGCAGCAAGGACCCGCUGUUCACGGCCCGUGUGAUAUACGACCUGCUGUUCUUCUUCGUCGUCAUCAUCAUCGUGCUGAACCUUAUCUUCGGUGUCAUCAUCGACACGUUCGCCGAUCUCAGGAGCGACAAGCAGCAGAAGGAGGAGAUUCUGAAGAACUCGUGCUUCGUCUGCGGUCUGCAGCGGAGCGACUUUGACAAUAAAUCGGUGACCUUUGAGGAGCACGUGAAGAACGAGCACAACAUGUGGCAUUACCUGUACUUUAUUGUGCUCAUCAAGGUCAAGGUGUCGACCGAGUUCACUGGCCCGGAGAGCUACGUUUACAACAUGGUUCAGGAGAAGAACCUCGACUGGUUCCCGCGCAUGCGCGCCAUGUCGCUGACCACCGGCGAGGCCGAGGGCGAGCAGAACGACCUGCGCAGCCUGCAGCACAAGCUGGACACCACCAUGGGCCUGGUGAAGACGCUGUCCGACCAGCUGGCCGAGCUGCGUGACCAGAUGAGCGAGCAGCGCAAGCAGAAGCAGCGCAUCGACUUGCUGCAACCGGGCCUGACGCCUCACCCCAACGACGCCGCCAACCACCUCUAGAGCCUGCUGCACGCGCUGUGUCGCGCCACACGGCCGGCG